UCAGUCCCAAAAUAAAUCGACACUACAUGAAUACACACAUCUUUUGAACAAACAACACAACAUAAAAUACUUAAGAAUACACGCAAUUGUGAAUCGACAAAAGGUUACAUUAUAAUAUACAAAGACACUAAUAAAGAAUCCAUCAUGUCUACGCCAAAAUCGUCCAUGAAGACCCGAAAUUAUGAAAGCAAACUCUCGAAUGCCGUAAACUUUGUGCAUCAUGCCCGUGUGAAUGUUGCUGAUCGUGACUAUGGUCUAAUGCAGGUCACUGCUCAAGCUGGAACUCCACAUCCACGGAUACUAACUGCCAUCAACAUAGACACACUCAAAGAGCGACUCGAGGAGGAGCACGACAAACACUUAAAAGGCAAAAAAUCAAUAAAUCAAGAAUCGGUAGUGGCAAAGCAUUUCAAACCUGAGGGAUCUCGAUUAUUUUCAAAAAAUCGCGAAGGCCACAUCGUGCCUUCCGAACAUCGAGACGUUGGCGCACUUUUCAAAAAGAAAGCUAAGGAACCGCGUAGCAGAAGCUGGAAUGCUGCAGACGCAACAUCUCUCCGAUCCAGUAAAACCAUAUCAGAGAAGUCCAAAACGAAGGAAAACCCGAAAUUUGUAAGAAUUGCCGGAAGGAACUCAGACUCAUCAAGUAGUUCUUCGAACAGUGUAUCUAGUACUCAAUACUUGAGUUUCAACGAGCGUCGUCGCUUGUUUCACGAGGGCGAAUUUACCAUUGCCAAGAAUGGGAAAAAGAUGAGCGACAAUUUGAUGCCGCAGUAUGAGGAGCAUUCAUGGAGUCCGAAUGAACACAUAGAUAGCGAAGCUGAGCAGGCUCGAGCUGCAAUCGAAGUGUUUAUCAAAAAGCACGGCUUCGUUAUGGCGCCCACGGGCACACUAACAAAUUUGCGUCGAAUCUCAUCAAAUUUGAGCAAGCGGACCAUCUCGGAGCAUGCGUCGAUGAAAAGUAUUCAUUCGGGAAAUACAAAAAUUGCUUGAUGAUGCAUGCGAUGAAUAGCAAACAUUUAUUCAAAUGUAUCCUCAAUGCAUUUUCACUAUUUCCCGAAUGCUUUGCUGACUGACCGGAAAAAAACACGAUGCGCUUUUCACUUUAUAUCGAUUUUAGGCAGCAUCUUGUACUCUUUACCUAAGUGUGGCAACAUUUUAUUUUGGUUUAAUUGAAGCAAGUAAAACGUAAUAAAUAUAUUUCAACGAA